CUUGCCGAGAGGGCGGGGUAUAGGGCGCAGGCUCAGCUCUGCUGCUCACAGGUUCCAGCUGGUGCUGAAGCGACAGGCGCUGUCCGUUGUGCUGAUCCCUUUCGGGGGCCGAGAAGGAGGAGAGGGGCGGCCUCUGUGCCCGGUACCCGCCGGGGGCAUCAUGCCCACUGUGUGAGGGGGGAGAUCGGAGCCGGUGAGGCCUGCACCCCCCCCCAAGCAGCGGCCUCCGGUGCCAGGAUGAGGCUCAGUGCGGGGCUCAUUCUCUGCUUUCUGCUCGGCUCCUUCCGCCCACUCAGGGCUCUCUCUUCCCGCGGUCACGGGUGUCUGUUUGACGUCAGGCUCUGCUCCAAGGAGGAGGUGUGUGUGCGGGAUGGUUUGUUUGGUCAGUGCCGACCACGUGCCGACAGGGAUGACGCCCCAUUCCAGGUGCCCCCGGGGGCCCUACAGCAGCUGCAGGGUGUGCUACGGCAACUUACAGCUAAAGGGUUCCCCUGGAAGGAUGAUAUGACCCCACGCUUAUUGGCCCAUGAGAUGGGUCGGAUCCCUCAGCACAGACCCCUGGAGACCCUGGAUGGGUUGGACGAGGACAGGUCCCCCUUGUCCCUUGGAUCUGGUCGGACCAUGCAGAGGUUACCAGGGAUGAGCCAGAUGUCUGCACCAAGAUGGGCCGGAUCAGCUGACAAGCUUCAGUAUUUCCGACCCCGGCUGCCCUCCCCACUAGGAGACACCUCCCCUCAGAAGCCAAGGGUCCCACUAGCCCUCAAACAGGACAUCUCUCCUCUGUUGGACCAAUAUAUGACCUACCUUCUGCUGAGCUCCCAGACCCCCAAAUCCCAGUUUGGAUACCAAGAGUCAGAGCGACCAAGGAACCCACCCCGCGUCUUUAGUGCCACCCACUCCCUGCCAGAUGGGUCCAGCCGCUUCAUCUAUGGCAGGUACCAAGAAGGGCAAGAUGGGCCGUCGUCUCUCUACUUAUCCUCCGAGAGACGCCAUAAUUUGGGUGACUUGAGAAGGAAGAUGCCCCGGGAUAGUCUGGACAACAGCCCAGUUGCUGAAAUUCUAGAAAGUUCUGAAGUGAUUGAAGAGCUGAACCAGAUAUCAGAUGGUGUCCAAGCAGAUACCAGAGCGGAGCCAGUGAGGGCCCUAAGAGGCUCAGGGGGGGCGCAGAACAUGCGGGGAGCCCAGAUGGCCCCUGAAUCCCCACUCAUGACUGAAGUCCAGGCCUUAGUGGGAGAUCUGGAGCGAUAUGGAGUGGACUUGAGGCAGAUGAGUGACACCCAACUGGAACAACUUUCCACCCUUCUGCAGCUCGUUCAGGCAGGCUCUCUCCAGAGCCAAGGCCCAAGAGGCGCAGAGAGGAGCCCCACAAAGCGGAUCACAGAAGGAGAGAUGCAGCAUAUGCCCGAAGUGGAGCCCCAAUUGCCCCCUCCUGAUUCGACUGCUAAAACCUCCGCUCCCUCUGUGCUGCCCUCCGAGCUGGGGGACCUGCCGGGGCCACAGAAUCCGGAAGGACUGGGUUUAACCCGCGCCACGUCUGCUGCCCUGAGCAAGCGCCCGGUGCCCGAUGCCCAGACCAUGGGGGCCUCAGACGCCGCCGGGCAGAGGAGCCUGGAGAAGAAGAGCUACGGGGGGAGCGCCGGUACCAUGAAUAUCCCUGCGCAGAGCGCACGUCCCGUUACCGAGGAGUACGGAUACAUAGUAACCAACCAGAAGCCCCUGAGCCUGCUAAGUGGGGCACAACUCCUGGAAACCUUGGCCCAGCGGGUCCAUCUGUCCACUGCCAGCUUCAUCAACAUCAGCGUUGUUGGAUCUGCUCUCACCUUCCGGAUCCGACAGAACAACCAGAACCUGUCACUUACAGAUGUUGCAGACCGGGCAGUGGCGCUAAAGUCGGACCUGGAAACAGAGACAGGAGUGAAGAUAAUUCAGACAGGAGUUGGGCAGCGGAACCAUUCCAACGCAUUGCCGCACCCCUCGCACUUCGGAGACACCUUCCGAUUCGUCCUGCUCAUCUUCAUCGCUUUGGCCUGUAUCGCUGGCAUAGUCAUCGCCUCCGCCGUCAUCUUCUGCCUCCGCCAACAUGCCAAGCAGAGGGAGAAGGAGCGACUGGCGGCCCUGGGGCCUGAAGGGGGCGCUGACACUACCUAUGAGUACCAGGACCUGUGCCGGCAGCACAUGGCAGGGAAGUCUCUCUUCAGUCGCACAGAAGUUACCGGAACAGCGGCCGAGAAUUCCCGGGUCAGCAGUGUGUCCUCCCAGUUUAGCGACAUUCCCCAGCCCAGUCCCAGCUCCCACAGCAGCACCCCAUCUUGGUGUGAGGAGCCGGUUCAGUCCAACAUGGACAUCUCAACCGGGCACAUGAUCUUGGCCUAUAUGGAGGAUCACCUGAGGAACAGGGACCGACUGGCCAAAGAGUGGCAGGCCCUGUGUGCCUAUCAGGCGGAACCCAAUAACUGCUCCAGGGCCAAAAACGACACCAACCUGAAAAAGAACCGGAAUCCAGACUUUGUUCCUUAUGACCACGCACGGAUCAAGCUGAGGAGUGAGACCAACCCGUCGCGCAGUGAAUAUAUCAACGCCAGCCCAAUUAUUGAACAUGACCCCCGUAUGCCGGCCUAUAUUGCCACCCAGGGACCCCUGUCUCACACCAUCGCCGACUUCUGGCAGAUGGUGUGGGAAAAUGGUUGCACAGUGAUUGUCAUGCUCAGCCCACUGGUGGAAGAUGGAGUGAAGCAGUGCGACCGUUACUGGCCGGAUGAGGGAUCUUCCCUGUACCAUAUCUAUGAGGUCAACCUGGUGUCGGAGCACAUAUGGUGCGAGGAUUUUCUGGUGCGGAGCUUUUACCUGAAGAACGUCCAAACCCAAGAGACCCGCACCCUCACUCAGUUCCACUUCCUCAGUUGGCCGGCCGAAGGCAUCCCCAGCAGCACCCGCCCCCUGUUGGACUUCCGCAGGAAAGUGAACAAGUCGUUCCGCGGUCGCUCGUGCCCCAUUAUUGUACAUUGCAGUGAUGGAGCUGGAAGGACAGGAACCUACAUCCUUGUCGACAUGGUGUUGAACCGUAUGGCUAAAGGGGUAAAGGAAAUAGACAUUGCGGCUACGUUGGAGCAUGUUAGAGACCAGAGGCCCGGCAUGGUGCGCACCAAGGAUCAGUUUGAGUUUGCCCUGACGGCGGUGGCGGAGGAAGUCAACGCGAUCCUAAAGGCCCUGCCACAGUAGCACCGCCGCCCUCAGACUGCCUAAGUUGGUGUUGUGACAUUUCGCCUGCCUUACGGAGAUGGCCGUUCCACCUGCCCCACAGCGCCCAUCUCGGUGUACUAUAUGCUCUUCAUGCCAGAGACCCAGGGCUGCCAAUCCAUGCCCACCUAUGCCUUCUUAUUCAUCAUCGAGCUCCUGUUCCCCUCCUCACUCCCCCAUUCAAACCUUUGCUACCUCAUUGCCCACAUCCGAUCCACUGACAUGUUCUUGUGCCCACCGAGGAGAUGUGCGUGCCACCUGUUCUUGGCACCAUUACAAUCAAAGCGGCCAUGAUGGAAAUCCGAAUUAUUCAUUCAUUCUAUUUCCAGCUUAUACAGAGAGGCGCAAUAAACGCUGCAUUGUGCUUUCUUUCCAUAAUUCUAUCAUUUUAUUGGCACAAGUCAUUUUAUUCUACUGCCCACCGUCAAGCUGCUCCUUCAGCCGCCCACGCUUAUACUAUUCCAAUGUCCGGGAGUGCGAGCAGAGCGAAUGCAGAGUAUGGGCAAGCUACGUGCAGGGAGAGGAGACAAAUAUCGGCACUAUUCCUGCGUAUGCUGCAUUAAGGCAAGUCUUCCGCAACUCCAUCGCAUACCUUCAACCGGGUGUGGCUGAGAGAUCAGAGGGGAUUAUUCAAGUGUGUGCCCCCUUGGGAUUGGCAUGUAGUUGCCUAGUUGGUAUGUAAUACAGUGAAUGAUCCCCUUAGUGAUGCAUUAACCUCAUGUACUUGCAACUGUAGUUGAACCAAUGGGAGAGAGCCAGGGUAGAAGACAACGCAAUGUGCAGGGUAGAGGGGUAACACCUUUUUUGAAAUGAAAGUCAAGAGUUCAGUUCCUUUUUCAGGCUGAGUACUGGGAUAUCCAAGUGGAAGUGGGUCAGAUAUUUGUAUGGACAGAAGGUUCAAGGCCCUCAAGGAGGGAAUGGCAAUGGUGGUCACCUUGAGAAAGGAACUGAAAUGUUCUGAAAACUUGCGGUAAUCAUUGUUAGUCGGCUAAUGUAGGUAUCACCUGGCUGCCAGAGCACCUUUACCUGAGGGGGCAGGGCUUGCAGUUGUGUGGGAGGGACUUACGGUGAUGGACACACAGGGGUUUGGGGUAGAAUGUUGCUGGGUGCUACACUCAAACUCAGCUAAGUUGAGAAGAGGUGGGUGCUACAGUUAUAGACUUACAGCUCAGUGGAAAUACCCUGCGGGUAGAUGGGUGAUGGACAAUGCUGUGUGGGAUGAUCUGAUAUUAGCUGUGGGUGCUACACUCAUAGACUCGUGGCACGGAGCUAAGUGUAGGUGGGUGCUACACUCACAGACUCGUGGCACGGAGCUAAGCGUAGGUGGGUGCUACACUCACAGACUCGUGGCACGGAGCUAAGCGUAGGUGGGUGCUACACUCACAGACUCGUGGCACGGAGCUAAGUGUAGGUGGGUGCUACACUCACAGACUCGCGGCACAGAGCUAGGCGUAGGUGGGUGCUACACUCACAGACUCGCGGCACGGAGCUAGGCGUAGGUGGGUGCUACACUCACAGACUCACGGCAUGGAGCUAGGCGUAGGUGGGUGCUACACUCACAGACUCGCGGCACGGAGCUAGGCGUAGGUGGGUGCUACACUCACAGACUCGUGGCACGGAGCUAAGGGUAGGUGGGUGCUACACUCACAGACUCGUGGCACGGAGCUAAGCGUAGGUGGGUGCUACACUCACAGACUCGCGGCACGGAGCUAAGCGUAGGUGGGUGCUACACUCACAGACUCGUGGCACGGAGCUAGGCGUAGGUGGGUGCUACACUCACAGACUCAUGGCACGGAGCUAAGCGUAGGUGGGUGCUACACUCACAGACUCAUGGCACGGAGCUAAGCGUAGGUGGGUGCUACACUCACAGACUCAUGGCACGGAGCUAAGCGUAGGUGGGCGCUACACUCACAGACUUGCGGCACGGAGCUAAGCGUAGGUGGGUGCUACACUCACAGACUCUUGGCAGGGAGCUAAGCGUAGGUGGGUGCUACACUCACAGACUCGUGGCAUGGAGCUAAGCGUAGGUGGGUGCUACACUCACAGACUCGCGGCACGGAGCUAGGCGUAGGUGGGUGCUACACUCACAGACUCGCGGCACGGAGCUAGGCGUAGGUGGGUGCUACACUCAUAGACUCGCGGCACGGAGCUAGGCGUAGGUGGGUGCUACACUCACAGACUCGUGGCAUGGAGCUAAGCGUAGGUGGGUGCUACACUCACAGACUCUUGGCACGGAGCUAAGCGUAGGUGGGUGCUACACUCACAGACUUGCAGCUCCGUGGAAGUGAGCUAAGCGUAGGUGGGUGCUACACUCACAGACUCGCAGCCCGGAGCUAAGCGUAGGUGGGUGCUACAAUCACUGGAAGAGAGCCGAGAGUAGAUGGGUGAUAGACUCACAAUGCUGUGUAGGAGGAUCUGAGCUGAGGAAGGGAAUUGCUGGGUGAUGCCAGUAUUGCCGGCUGGCAGUGCCACACAAGAAAUGAUCACGUGACACCCUGGCGAGUAGAGUUCCUAUCAAUACUGCAUGCAUUACUUGCUCUUCCUGCACCACUGCUUGCUAUACCGGCUCUGCCGCAGCCACGCCGCAUCCCCUCGCUCUCCUCCCUGCUCUCUGGAGCAUUACAUGUUACGGGCCAAUCAGUUAAACCCAUUACUGCCCUUGCCUUACUACUCUCCAUUGUUCCCAUGAUGCAUUGUAUUGACAACAUUGGCAAAAGAAUAAGAGAAAAAAAAAAGAAUCAUUAUAGAGAAAUCUAAUAGACUUUAAUUUUGUAUCUUGAUGUGAAUAAAGUAUUUGUGUUGGGUUUGUGCAACUGCA